UCAAAAUGGCAGCGCCCGUGGAUCACGAAACGUGUGAUGAGGACAACUUUCCCAUUGAAAUACAGGAUCGUCUGAACGAUUUCGACGAAGCUCUCACCAGGAUAGAGACAUGUAUAAACCCUCUUCUCAGUACACCUUUCAGUGAAGUGCAGGAGAACCUCAGUCCGCUGGAUAAAGCUAAAAUAGACUUGAUUUCUGCUUACACUAUUAACUCCUUGUUUUGGAUGUACUUGAAUGUGAAGGGGAUAAAUCCCAAGGAGCAUCGGGUGAAGCAAGAGCUGGGAGGUAUCCGACAGUAUAUGAGCCGAGCAAAGCAAAUACAAGAUAAAGCCUUAGCGCCCAAGAUAGAUCUUCCUGUGACGAACCGAUUCAUCAAGAACGCCCUCUGGGCACAAGCAAAAAAAGAUGCGGAGAUGAGGAAAGAAGCGGAGGAAUUGGCUGCAAACAGCACACAGGCUGCCAAGAAAGCUCUUUGGAAAGCUGCACUUAGUCAAUCAAGACAAGAAUCAGCAGGCACGUCAACAUCGGGAACAGAUUCAUCUCCUGCCGCCAAGAAGAUGAAAAAGGAUAUAGAUGGGAAAUCUGGUGGAAAACAUGGGAAAAAGAACAGGAAACGAUAAACAGGACCGUUCACAAUCAGAUAUUCAGCACUUAGUAAGGAGGACAUGAAGGCAUUUUACAUGUAUAUACAGCAAGUAUACGACAGCAAUCUGCAAUAAGUUGGCCGACUGUUGAGUGUUUGUACAAAACUGCCCCCUGUCUGGCCUUCCCCUAUAUUGAGAACUCGAACCUUCCUCAACCUUCCCUCAAUGCCAGCCCAGCAUUACUCCUUUCAUGCUUUAUUCAAGGAAAAGAGAAACAACACAGUUUAGUAAAAUAUUUCAU